GAGUCAAACGGACAUGGAAUAUUCUCAAAAUUGCGUGUUUAUUGAUGAAGCCGGCUUUGACAUUAACAUGAGUCUAGCAGAGCAUGGGCACCAAGGGCCCAGAUGGCAGUAACCACUACAUUUACGACAAAGCCCCCACCCAUGCCAUUCUUGGUGCUAUUUCAGUAGUUGGUGUAAUAAAUUGGAGUAUACGUGUUCCAAGACAGCCACCAAAAGUGAGAAAAAUUCAAGGUGGUAAGGAAAGGAAGAAUUCUAAAGCAGUCGCUCUUGUUAAUGAGCCUAAAGAAGGAAACACCACCGAGCACCUGUUGUAUUUGCUUAAUUAAAGAUUUAUAACUGUUGUAAGUCGAUGACUAUGAA